GAACAGAUGAUUAUUGUUUAUACUUUCUUAACAUUAUUUGUAUGAGAAGUAUACACGUAUUUAUUCAUACACAUUGCAAUUGAAUAUAUACUUUGGAAAAUUGUUUAAUAUACAAUAUGAUGCCUAAAGUGUGGGAAUCAGCAGAUAAACGUGUAAGGAAAGAUAUAAUAAAAUCUUGUGAAUUUUCUAAAAAACCGACGGAACGUGCCAGUUGCGAGGUUGUCAUUGAAAACAUACGCGUUGAAAAUACAUCUCUAGACCAGUUGAAAGAAACAUUGCAUUUGGACAUUUUAGAUGGAACAGGUAAAAAAACAUUAAUAAUAGGGGAAGCAAAUUGCGAAAUAGAUAGCUUAGUCGAACGAGCUAUUGAGAUGAUGAUGGUCCUUGAAAAAAGUUUAGUUACAUUAUCUGUAUCAUUUCUUGAUCAACCUAUACUUAUCAACUUUGAGAUAACAUUAACUAAAAUGCAACCACAUAAGCCAAUUUGGGAAUGGACACCACAAGAAAAAUAUUUAAUAGCAUUGAAAUAUAAAGAAACUGGUGUUUGUUUAUUUAAAGAAUCUAGGUGGGUAGAUGCAUUUCAUAAGUUUACUAAAGCUUGCAAAAUACUUAUAACUUUGGAGCCAAUACCUGAUUUAGAAUUGGAUACAAAAUUAGAAAAUGACAUUAAUAAUUUGAGGCUUAUAUUAUAUAACAAUAUUGCUGGAUGCCAAUUAAAUCGUCAGAAUUAUGAAUUGACAAUAUCUUUGUGUGAUAAAAUUUUGAGUAAAGACUGUAAUAAUAUUAAAGCAUUGUACAGGAGGGGUAUAGCACAUGGGAAUUUAAAAGAUUAUGACAGUGCUGUCAAUGAUUUAAAAACUGUUGUUACAUUAGAACCUCAGAAUCGUGCUGCACAGGCACAAUUUUCAUUUUACAAUACAAAACUAAUAGAGACAAAUAAAAAAAUUGUAAAUAUGAUAAAAAAAAUGUUUAAAACAUAA